AUGGCGAGCCCCGCACGCCCGCGGCAGGAGCUGGCCGUGGAGGAGCGGCGGCUCCGCGGCGCGGCCCCGACGGUGCCCCGCGACGCCAGGCGGGAGGCGGCGGGGGAGCGGCUGGCGCUGCUGGAGCUGCGCCGCUGCGGGCGGCCGCCGUCCCCGGUCCCCGAGGAGGAGGAAGCGGCGGCGGGCGAAGACUGUUGCAGCAAGUGCAAGAAGCGGGUGCAGUUCGCCGACUCGCUAGGGCUGAGCCUGGCCAGCGUCAAGCACUUCAGCGACGCCGAGGAGCCCCAAGUGCCUCCCGCCGCGCUGUCCCGCCUGCAGAGCCCGCCCGGCGAGGAGCGGGACCCGCCGCUGCUCUGCGGGCACUCCCGCCCUCCCGCCCUGCGCCUGCUGCCCGACUUCCCCGACGGCGGCGAGCCCAGCGCCGAGCGGCUGCGGCGGCAGCGCGUCUGCCUGGAGCGCCUGGGGCGGCCCCCGGCGCCCACCGACGUGCGGGGCACGGUGCAAGUGCUGGGCGGCCCCGGCCCCAAGGAGGUGACGGUGCGCUACACCUUCAACGAGUGGCUUUCCUUCCUGGACGUGCCGGCCGCCCCCCUGCCCCCGGCCCCCGCGGCCGCCGGCGACCCGCCGGCCGAGCGCUACGGCUUCGCCCUGUGCGUCCCUCCCAGCCUGCGGGAGGGCUCGGCCCUCCACUUCGCCAUCCGCUACCGCAGCCCGCAGGGCGAGUACUGGGACAACAACGGCGGCCGCAACUACACUCUGCGAUGCUGCGGCUUCCCCGGGGGCGGCCCCGCUGCCGGCUGCCCGCCGGCCCCCGCCGCCCCCCGCUACUGACGCCGGCCGGGCGAGGGGAGGGGGCUGCGAGGGCCCUGCCGGGCGGGGGGCGGCGGCCGCAGCCCCGCAGCCGGAGGCCUGGCUCGGGAGAGCGACCGCCGGCGCGGCGAGGCACCCGUCCCGGAGACGACCCUAAGGAAGUCUGGUGGUUCUGCCAGUAAAAGCUGGAUGUGCGUAGGCUUGCGUUGCUGUGGCUUGUGGAAUCGUUUUCCUGUUUCUCUAUUUUUUUUUUUUUAAUUUGAGAGAACAAGGAGACUGAGUAGUGUGCUCUUUGCUUUUUCCCUCUUGAAGUGAAUUUUUGAGGUCUUGACUUCACUUACCUGGUUAGUCAGAGAUGCACGGAGCACUUGAGUGAUAAAACUUAACGGCAUGUUCUCUACAGGUUUAACUUACCAUAUCCCAUCUCUGUUUUCCCGUUCUGACAUCCGUUUCAAAGACACAGUACUGCAACAGCAA